AUGUUACAAGCUAGAAGACAACUUUCGAGGACCGCGACAACACUUUCCCGAAGCGCCAUCGCGCCGCGCCCCCGACUCGUGCCAUCACUGGCACUCGCUUCUUCCGCUGGGCCCUCGGCGAUCCGAACGUAUGCGCAGGGCCCGCCACGGGGGCCACCUGGUGGCGGCGGCGGAGGCGGCGGCUUCCCACCCGGCGGGUUUCCUCCUGGCGGGUUUGGCGGCGGCCGAGGCAACUACCCCGGCCAGCAGCCGCCGCAGGAGCAGGGCCCGCAGAAGGGCGAGACGCUCAAAGAGUUCAGCGUCGACCUGACCGAGAUGGCGCGCGAGGGCAAGCUCGACCCCGUGAUCGGGCGCGACGAGGAGAUCCGACGCACCAUCCAGAUCCUGUCCCGGCGUACCAAGUCCAACCCUGUCCUGCUCGGCCAGCCUGGUGUCGGUAAGACGGCCAUUAUCGAGGGCCUCGCCAUGCGCAUCGUCAACAAGGAGGUGCCCGAGUCGAUCCAGAACAAGCGCCUGUUGAUGAUCGACCUGUCGCUCCUGCUCGCUGGCACAGGCGUGCGCGGCGAGUUUGAGAAGCGCUUCAAGGCGCUCCUCAAGGACAUUGACGAGGAGGCCGGCGAGGUCAUUUGUUUCAUCGAUGAAAUCCACACUUUGCUCAACCUCGGCAAGGCUGAGGGAUCGAUGGACGCAGGCAACAUGAUCAAGCCGGCACUCGCACGCGGCCUCCAGCUCGUCGGCGCGUCCACGCUCGACGAGUACCGCAAGACUAUCGAAAAGGACCAGGCGCUCCAGCGUCGUUUCCAGCCCGUCAUGGUCAACGAGCCCAACGUCGAGGCGACAGUCUCGAUCCUCCGUGGCCUCAAGUCGCGCUUCGAGGCCCACUUUGGUGUCCAGAUUGCCGACUCGGCCCUCGUGACGGCAGCCGUCUACUCUGACCGGUACAUUUCCGACCGAUUCCUCCCCGACAAGGCAAUCGACCUGGUUGACGAGGCGUGCUCUGCGCUCAAGCUCGCGCAAGAGUCGCGCCCCCAGUCGCUCGAAAACCUCGACCGCGAGAUCAUGACGCUCGAGAUUGAGCGCGAGUCGCUCAAGAAGGACACGGACCCGUUCUCGGCCAAGCGGCGCGACAAGGUCGACGAGGAGCUCGUCGAGAAGAAGAAGGAGCAGUCACGCCUCGUCGACAUCUGGAACCAGGAGCGCGAGCGCGUGUCCGAGAUCAAGAGCAUCAAGGAGACGAUUGAGCGCGCCAACGUCGAGCUUGAGAACGCACAGCGCCGCGGCGACUUUGAGGUCGCCUCCAGGCUCAGGUACUCGACCAUCCCCGAGCUCCAAAAGCGCCUCCCCAAGGCUGAGGCGGAGCUGGAGGCCGAGGCCGAGGCCCAGCCCGACAUGGUCGUCCGCGACAAGGUCACCUCCGAGGACAUUGCCGUUGUUGUAGGCAAGGCCACCGGUAUCCCCGUAUCCAACCUCCUCAAGGGAGAGCGCGAGCGUCUUAUCCACAUGGAGGACUCGCUCAAGCAGCGCGUCGUCGGCCAGGACGAGGUUGUCAAGAGCGUGGCCAACGCCAUCCGCCUUUCGCGCGCCGGCCUCCAGUCGCCCAACCGGCCCCUCGCAUCCUUCCUCUUCCUCGGUCCCACCGGUGUCGGUAAAUCCGAGCUCACCAAGGCCGUUGCCGAGUUCCUGUUUGCCGACGAGCGCCGCGCGCUCAUCCAGCUCAACAUGUCCGAGUUCCACGACAAGCACACCGUCUCGCGCCUCAUUGGCGCGACGCCCGGCUUUGUCGGCUACGAGGAGGGCGGCCAGCUGACCGAGGCUGUUCGCCGCCGGCCAUACUCGGUUGUGGUGUUCGACGAGAUUGAGAAGGCCCACCCCGAUGUGGCCAACAUCCUCCUUCAGGUCCUGGAAGAAGGCACCCUCACCGACGGCCAGGGCCGCCAAGUCAACUUCAAGAACACGAUUAUCGCUCUCACGUCCAACCUGGGCUCCGAGGCCCUCUAUGAGCCGGGAGCGAUGAACAAGGACGGCAGUGUGAGCGACAGCGCCAAGGCUGCUGUCCUCCGCGACGUCGGCAAGUUCUUCAAGCCCGAGCUCAUCAACCGUCUCGACGAGCUGGUCGUGUUCAACAAGCUCCCGCCCAGCAUCAUCCUCGACAUUGUCAACCUCCGCCUCAAGGAGGUGCAGUCGCGUCUCUCUGGCCGCCGCAUCACGCUCGACGUGACUGAGCCUGCGCGCGAGUGGCUCGCCAAGAAGGGCUACUCGGACAGGUACGGUGCGCGUGCCGUGCAGCGUGUGGUGCGCGAGCAGAUUUCCAACCCGCUCGCGCUCAAGAUGCUCAACGGAACCGUCAAGGACGGCGAGAUUGUGACGGUCCACCUCAAGAACGACAAGAUUGAGCUCUCGUCGCGCCCCGACCCCAACCAGCCCGAAGCGGAAGAAGAGGGCAGCGACGCGGGUAGCGACAAGGAGGUCAAGGAUGCGUUCAAGGAGUCUGGCGAGAUGCCAUAG